AGCCGGAGAAUUAAAGUCAGAGCCUGAGCUGCCGCGCCAGUCGCCAAGCCGGUCCUCCACCCGCUAAUUCCUGUCCCGAAGCUUCACCCGUCACGCCGGCCAACGAGCGGUCCCUGUCGCCCCCUUUCUGCCUCAGGUCUUUCUUUUCCCUUGCGCUCAGUUUGUUGGGAGUGUGAAAGGAGAAGGCCCAGGGACGCCCCGACCCCUUAUUCUGCCCAUCGCAAGUGCCACUACCGCCAUGGGCCUCACCAUCUCUUCUCUGUUCUCCCGCCUCUUCGGCAAGAAGCAGAUGCGUAUUUUGAUGGUUGGAUUGGAUGCUGCUGGCAAGACGACCAUUCUGUAUAAACUGAAGUUAGGGGAGAUAGUCACCACCAUUCCUACCAUUGGUUUUAAUGUGGAAACAGUAGAGUAUAAGAACAUUUGUUUCACAGUAUGGGAUGUUGGUGGUCAAGAUAAAAUUAGGCCUCUCUGGAGGCAUUACUUCCAGAAUACCCAGGGUCUUAUUUUUGUGGUAGAUAGCAAUGAUCGUGAAAGAAUUCAGGAAGGAGCCCAAGUACUGCAGAAAAUGCUUGAGGAAGAUGAGCUGCAAGAUGCAGUGCUGCUGCUUUUUGCAAACAAACAGGAUUUGCCAAAUGCUAUGGCUAUCAGCGAAAUGACAGAUAAAUUAGGCCUUCAGUCUCUCCGUAACAGAACAUGGUAUGUUCAAGCCACUUGUGCUACACAAGGAACUGGUCUGUAUGAGGGACUUGAUUGGCUGUCAAACGAGCUUUCAAAACGUUAAAUAAAACUGGAUAUCUAACCAAGGACACAUUUUGAUAGAAUUGGUCUAGGCUUGUUACAACAAAAUUAGUUUGCAUCUUGGUUAUUAAACUGUAUCUGGGACUGGUUUGGGCAGAAUAUUACAGCGUUUAAACUUAUUUUGUUGCCAAUUAUUGUUUACCAAGUAUAAUGUUGCUCUUUAGCAAUAUGCUUGGUUUUGAAGAAAUUCUUGGGGAAAAAGUAUCCUUUUAAUUUUGACUUCCUUUAAACCUAAAUGCCUGGACAUAGCUAUUGUGACACCUUUAAAUAAAUCAGUUUUGAAUGUUUUUUGAGCCCACAACAAAUAAUGUUUUAAAGUUAUCCCCUUGCUACUUUACUGAUACCUGUAUCAUUCCUGGGACAGUCUGCUGAUUUGAACAUGUAGCAUUCCAUUUGUAUUUAUUUCUAUCCCUUGCCAAAAGGAUUUUCUAAUACUUCUUGUACCAGCCAGGGAAAUGCUCCAAAACACUAUUCAGCUAUCUUGCACUGAGGAACUUAAUAUUUUUUCCCUAUUAUUGACUUCCUGGCUUCCGUCAGCCAAACUUAACCUUGGUGUGGUUUGGAUUUGAUAGCUAAUUCUGUGCUGGUUGCAAAGAGUUCAUAUUGAGAUGGCUUUUAAUACUCAGCAGAUUGUCUUUCUUUAUAUUAUUAUCUUCUUUAUGUUGCAUGUUGCUUUUGGUAUCAGCCUGACUCUUUGCCCAGUAUAUGAUAGUUCUGCUGGUGUUUUGUUUAUUGAUGAACAUAUCUUCAUUAAGAGUUUUUUUGAAAACUCAGCAAACACAAUAAGUUUUCUUCAUAACCCAUUUGAAAUUAUUCCUAAUAAAAUGAUAAAAUAUA